CCCACCAUAUUCGACGCCCCGCCCAAAUACAAGUUAGUGUAACAGAUUCCAAUGCGUCCAGUGAUGAGUGUAAUUUGACUGAUUGCGUCCUAGUGUUAAUACAGCUAGGGUUUCGUUGGAUCUGAAAUUUGUUAGUACCAGUUGUAUUGAUACUCAAAACAAACAGUGAGGAGAAAGUGGGAACUACUGUACGAAGUAUCUGAGUCUAAAAAUUUAUAAAAAAUGUCCAUUCUAGACGAGCGAGAGGAUUACCUGAAGAAUCCCUUCUUCGAGAAGCAUGAGUAUGGUGAUUUCAUACCAUUUUAUGUCGCUAUCUCAAUCUGUUCUGUAAUAUUUGUGUUCCUGUGUAUUUUGAAUAUUGGAUUUUGCUUCUGUUCUCGACACAGAGACUAUUGGCAGAGCCCGUUCACUGGAAAUAGAUGGAUUCAACCGCUGUGGACAGUACUACCACAUAAGUCUCCUCCUUUGGAUUUAAGCGAAUUAGAACCUGGACGUAUUUUAUAUCCAGAGAAACAGGAAGUUUUACAAUACCAUAAUCCUGAAUCUUAUAGUUCUACGCCACAAUCACAAGAAUAUAUGGAGAUGCAAAAACGUGAGAGUGAAAUUUAACAGAGACUAGUGAGAGAGAAUUAGACAUUAAA